AUUUACGCUGGGAAUUGAAGACAACAGUGGGCUUAUACAGGCUGUUAUUACUAGUCCAGAGGCAGAACAGUUGCUUCCAAUGACAGCAGCACAAAUAAGCUUGAACAAAAACGAGGUAAAAAGUUCAUACUUGAAACUUGCAUGGAGGUUGAAGCAAACUUCGAAAAAAAAAACAGAUCACUUGUUUCCUAAGGCACUGCAUUUCAGACUACCAGGACAGGGACGAGAUAACAAUGAAUCUAUAAUGCCUAUGGAAGAAACAAACACUUCUGUUCGCCCAUACGCACUAGGAAAAGAGCUAACCCCAACAACACACAAACUGCUUGCCUCAGUGGUUGAUACACCAUCGCCGACUGCGCCUGAGAAAGAAAAAAGAACAGGGGCAAAAAGAUCUAUCGACUUUGAACUCCAAACAGGUAGUGCAAGCAACAGACCGGAAGUUUCAUAUGAUGACUCUAUACAAGAAUCGGCAAUUGGAACUUCGAGUAAAAGACAGAAAAAAGACGCA